AUGCCUGUGGCUCAUUCUCGGCACAGCAGCGAAUCUGCCCUUGUGUACAGCGGGCGGCUGUCGCCUUCUCCAUUUCCGCGUUAUUUCCAGGUUUAAAACGCUCCUAUGGAUCCGUGGAGCUCUUUUUAAAGCCUAUCGACAAUUUUUUACUUUCAUAUCAUGCUUUUAUAAUUUGAAUGGUGCUCCCGUGGAGGACAUAUAACCACAAGCGUCGAUAACUUGACUAGAUUAUGUUGUAUAUUGUUGGAAACUGUGAAUUUAGCGGAUUCAGAAAUUGUUAAACUGGUCCGGCUAAAUUAGUUAGCAAGCUAUCACUUGGUCCCGGCGGUAUUUGUGCUGAAUAAAACCAUGGCAGAUGCCAACGAUGGCGAGAGGGUAGACGAAAACGAGCUGAGGGGGGCUGCCGGUGGUGAAGAUGUCAUGGAUGAGGUGAUCAUCGAACAGGGUGCAGUUCUACUAAGAGGGUAUGUUAUUGAACGAGUUACUGUAGAGCAUCCAGCUAUUCGUGUGAGCCAUGAGGAUUUAGGAGGACGACCUCAGGAAGCAGAUGAUCCUCAAAUCAAAGAGGUUGUAGAUCAACUUUUGAAGAUAGCCGACGACCUUAACAAGAAUGCUGAACUGCAACAUCUCAUCAGCACUGUGCAAUCAAACUGCGCUCAGGACGUCUUCAUGACUGUGGCCAGGAGCAUCUUUGAGGAUGGCAUUAACUGGGGACGUAUUGUGGCACUGUUUCACCUCGCGUAUAGGCUCAUUUACCAGGCUCUGACUCAGAACCACUUUGACAUUAUCAAGAGGAUCAUUAGCUGGGUUUUACAGUUUAUCAAGGAAAACAUUUCUGCCUGGAUCAGACAGCAAGGAGGAUGGGAGGGCAUUUUCCGCAACGUGUCAAGAUGGCGUACUGUGUCUUUCAUCGCUGCGAUGGCAUUCAUUGCAGCUGUUGUUUACUGGAGAAGAACGCGUUAAGAUAAAAGUGAAAGACAUGCCAGAUUCAUAAUUCUCACAAAUGUGAUAUCAAAACUCAUAUUAAAAGCAAUACAGUGUGUAAGUUGUGCAAUCAAGUGGACCAAUCACGAGUCAUACAGACCAAUCAUGCUUCAUGCCUUACUUUGUUUAAAGACUUAAACAAAAACAGCUACUUCAGAAGAUACUGUAACCUUUUACUAAGAAUUUCUAUUUUUCUAAACAAUCCCUGUCGGCUGUUGUUGUGUCUGCCAUUUUUAGUACAGUUGAGGCAAGGAACAUCUUUCGCUUUGAUUUAUUUAUUUAAGGGAUGUGUUGCUAUACUUUUUCUCCACCAGUGCCUUUUACUCUGUACAUUUUUUUUUCUGGCUCAGGUAUCAAUUUUUUAAUGUGCCACAUAACAUACCAGCCCUACCUCGAAUCAGCUAAAUAUCUGAGACUAACAGUUUACCAAACGUUUUUAAAAUUAUUACAUCAGGAAUACAGGGACAGGGCUGAAAAAGAGGUAACAUUAAAAAUAUUAAGCCUUUUUUAAAGAAAGUUCAAUAAAGGUUUAAAAUGCAGUUUUAAUGGUGUAAAUGAUUGAAAGGUUCAGCAUGCUAUUGGUGAAAUACAGUGAAUGUGGACGAUAAUUCUUGCACACCUUGAAAUAAAUAUGACAAUGAAUUAC